UUGCCGACUAGGCCAGGAAUGGGGGCCAGACCCAGGGCCUGGUGGUGAGUGCCAAGGUAUCCCCAUAGAAGGGUGGCUUUCCAAGGACCAGCCCUGCCUACCUUCUGGUGAGCAGUUUGAUCAGGAGAUAGGCUCUCAGGUAUCCCAAAGGCGGUAUUGGGGUGUGGGCAUCUCUGAAGUCCAGAGCUGGGGGGUUGAUCAUCUCCUGCCGGCAGGAGUACCCACAUCCUGCAGACAGACAGCAUUCCCGGUCUGUCUUGCUCCAUGUCAUGGAGAUGGGUCUCCCACAUUCUAGGAAUGGGCCCUUCAGCAUCCAGGCUGAUGGGCAACUGUGUCCUGGGCGUGGGCAACUCUGCUGAGGAGAGGUUUUGUAGCUCCCCGGAAAUCUUCCCUAGCUUAGGAGGGGGAUGCUCUUGUCGGAAGGAAGGCUAGGCUCAGGUCUUUGAGAUGGAAGCUCUGGAUCUGGAAAACAGGUGCAUGUGAAUCCCAAUACCUCUGUGGCCUUGGGCUGGGCACUUAUGCACAUCUUGCAUCCUGUAACUUGACCAUGCCCCUGCUAGAGGCCCAGAUCUCAGGCCCUAGUGGCACAGCCUUCUAGGUACUGAAGGUCCUGGAGGUAAGAGGGGUCUUGUUGGAAGGAAGUAGUGGGGGAAGGAAAGCAUCUGUUGGGGGAGUAGGCAUAAUGAUAUGACCUGGGAGAAGAGUAAGGAACCCUGGUUUCACCUAUGAAACUGCUACACCACAGCCCUCCCCUCCAUAGCCCCCGUCCAUUAGUGAGGGAGUGCCAAGUAGCCAGAUACACUGAUCUGUCUGUUAAGAGAAAAGCUGGAGUCCUGGCAUUUAGGAGUCAUUGUGGAGACACUGGCAAGCUUGAGGGGGCUAUGAAAAAGAGCAAUGUCCAAUGCCUUCGUGGUCAGGGCUCCAUCAUGGCUGCAUGGCAUCCCUCCAGCUCCACGUGGAAACCACAUCUGCUUCCCUCCGUCUGGGACUCUUGAUGUCCAUCCAGACAUGAUGGAUUUAUGAGGAAACUGAACUUCAGAAGAUUCACAGAGUUAGUAAUGCCCAGAACUGGAACUAGAAACUAAAUUUUGUGCUCCUUCUACUCCCCAGCAGCUCCUGCCAUUCUGAGGAGACAAGAAAUCAGGAAAUUUACAUAAGGAACCCUAAAACUGAGGCACCAUCCCAGAGAUCAGCAGGACCCUGGGAAGGAGAGACAGAGGAUUUAGAAUCCCUGGCUAACAGUUCUGGAAAGGGUAGAAGGGUAUGGAGAAUGAGAAUGGCAGAAAGGAAAUGGAAAAGGAAGAGGUGAAGGCCAUUCCGAAGGCGAAGUGUUGAGUGGGUCAGGCUCCUGUACCUCUCACGUCUCCUGCUUCUUAGCAGUCACCAAGGCAGAUCCUGGAGCUACCUCUGGCCAGAAAGGGGAUAUGAGCUUCUAAUCCUUCAGCUGCCUGGCCUGGCGCUCUGUACGCAGACAAACCUGCCCAAGAGGCUCCAGUGGGAGGCGCCCCCUACAAAACCGGGAAGCCUGGGCCUGGGCUCGCCAUCCCAGGGUCACUGGACUAGGAUGGGGGAUGGGCCUGUGACAGGAGGUACCCUGGGUGUCCUCUUUCGGCCCCAUGGAGUCCUCACCCAUCCCCCAGUCAUCAGGGAACUCUUCGACUUUGGGGAGGGUCCCUCAAACCCCAGGUCCCUCUACUGCCAGUGGGGUCCCGGAGGUGGGGCUGCGGGAUGUCGCUUCGGAAUCUGUGGCCCUCUUCUUCAUGCUCCUGCUGGACUUGACUGCUGUGGCUGGCAAUGCCGCUGUGAUGGCCGUGAUUGCCAAGACGCCCGCCCUCCGAAAAUUUGUCUUUGUCUUCCACCUCUGCCUGGUGGACCUGCUGGCUGCCCUGACCCUCAUGCCCCUGGCCAUGCUCUCCAGCUCCGCCCUCUUUGACCACGCCCUCUUUGGGGAGGUGGCCUGCCGCCUCUACUUGUUCCUGAGCGUGUGCUUUGUCAGCCUGGCCAUCCUCUCAGUGUCGGCCAUCAAUGUGGAGCGCUACUAUUACGUGGUCCACCCCAUGCGCUACGAGGUGCGCAUGACGCUGGGGCUGGUAGCCUCUGUGCUGGUGGGUGUGUGGGUGAAGGCCUUGGCUAUGGCUUCUGUGCCAGUGUUGGGAAGGGUCACCUGGGAGGAAGGAGCUCCCAGUGUCCCCCCAGGCUGUUCACUCCAAUGGAGCCACAGUGCCUACUGCCAGCUUUUUGUGGUGGUCUUUGCUGUCCUUUACUUCCUGCUGCCCCUGCUCCUUAUCCUUGUGGUCUACUGCAGCAUGUUCCGAGUGGCCCGCGUGGCUGCCAUGCAGCACGGGCCGCUGCCCACAUGGAUGGAGACACCCCGGCAACGCUCUGAAUCUCUCAGCAGCCGCUCCACGAUGGUCACCAGCUCGGGGGCCCCCCAGACCACCCCACACCGGACGUUUGGGGGAGGGAAAGCAGCAGUGGUUCUCCUGGCUGUGGGGGGACAGUUCCUGCUCUGUUGGUUGCCCUACUUCUCUUUCCACCUCUACGUUGCCCUGAGUGCUCAGCCUAUUUCAACUGGGCAGGUGGAGAGUGUGGUGACCUGGAUCGGCUACUUUUGCUUCACUUCCAACCCUUUCUUCUAUGGAUGUCUCAACCGGCAGAUCCGGGGGGAGCUCAGCAAGCAGUUUGUCUGCUUCUUCAAGCCAGCUCCAGAGGAGGAGCUGAGGCUACCUAGCCGGGAGGGCUCCAUUGAGGAGAAUUUCCUGCAGUUCCUUCAGGGGACUGGCUGUGCCUCUGAGUCCUGGGUUUCCCGACCCUUACCCAGCCCCAAGCAGGAGCCUCCUGCUGUUGACUUUCGAAUCCCAGGCCAGAUAGCUGAGGAGACCUCUGAGUUCCUGGAGCAGCAACUCACCAGCGACAUCAUCAUGUCAGACAGCUACCUCCGUCCUGCCCCCUCACCCCGGCUGGAGUCAUGAUGGGCCGCUGGACACUCGGAGGGAUAUGGGGCUGGGGGCCAGUUAUGAUCGCAAGGACCACCUUGUGGGAUCACCUUUUCCCAGCUGGCUAGGGCUGAGGCUGGGGUCUCUGCACACAGCUUUUGCUUAGUGUUUCCUGGGUCAGGAACAGAGUCAACAGGACGAACGUGUGCAAAAGCCUUGGACUUGGCUGUGAUCUUUGACUGCUGGGGGAGGGAACCUGGGUAUGGUGAGACGGUGACGAGAGAAAAGGGUCACAAAGGACUGGCUUCCCUGAUCUCUCUCCUCAUGGCAGCGACCCACCUCCAGUCCCGUGGACAAUCGGGUACAAGAGACUUAAGGUUGGGCAUGGGAAGGGUGGGGUUUCCAUGAUCCAUUAAAUGCCUUCCUACUCCCAUUCAUCGCUCUCAAAAUUAGCUUCAGUGACAAAGACUUAAAUCUCUCUCCUAUCUGCAGCACUGGGUUGGAGAGAGGGCACAGGAGUUGGUCUUGGCUGUUCAUUGAUUGAGACUGUAGGAACUGUGUUGGUUGGUAUUGGUGGUGAUAUUUUCAGCAAAGAGGGAAUAAUUGCAAACUGGACAGGACACCCAUCUGGGACCACCUGUCCAUCCUACUUCCCUCAAUUGAAGCAGGUAACACUAAAGGGUCAAGGCAGGGCCAGAGGGUGGUGUGGUCUGCAUUUGAACAAAUUCCUGGCUCACUGAGCAUCAAAGGGGGAAAUGGGCUGGUGGGAGUGGGAUAGUCUCCCCUUUAAACAGUUAAUAAAUAAUUUUUAUAAAAGGUUAUACUGAUAUCAACAUUGACUCCUUUAGUUCAAUUCAGUGCAUAAUAGUUGAACACCCACUAGUCCCUGGGACCCACACAGGGUGUGUGGUCACUGCUUUUAAGGAGUUCAUAGUCUAAUUUGAUGAGAUACCUUGUAUUUUCACAAAGCACUUUGAUCUGAUAAAGCACUACAGAAUGUGCUUGAGAAAUAUACUGGAGAAUAUGUCCAUGGUUCUAACUUCUGAGAGUUCAGCCCAUGGCAGCAAGAUGCAUACCUGGAAGCUUCCUGCAGAUUGUAGAAAGCAUAGGGGUUGUAAAUGAAACUCUCUAAUAAAGAAAAAAAAAAUUAAAUGAAACUGGGCAAACAGCUUUCCCCCUUUGUUGUAGGAAAAUUUCUAGGUUUGUCUUCCUACCACUAGAUUAUUAUACCAGUCUAGUGCCUAUUACAUUGAGGAAGUCACCUAAAAACAUAGUAUAUAUGGGGAGGAGAGUCGUUUGUGAUUGAAAAACAUGUUCACCUCUCCUCCCUAUUAAAAUAAAUGCAUACUGAGGAAUCAAUCAUUCCUAGACAGGGAAAAAAACUUCUUUCUAACACCACUAAUCAGCUAUUAGAUACAAAGCAUUGCCAGCAGGUGGCAGUGUGAGUCCAAUGGAAGGAGGAAACGCGAGUGUAUGUGGUGGGAGGGGGAAGGGGAGGGCAUUAAACAUUGCCUGGCAGCCAUUUUGUUAAUUUAUUUUGCCUUUUCCUUUGACUUUGCCCUCCAACCCUUCCUUCACAUACAUCAAAGAAGAAAGUUUUAAGAGUAAGGGUAUCUUUAAUUCAGGCUGAAAUUUCCUGACACUGUGAUCUCACUGGUGUUUAUUACAGAGUUUGACAUACAUGGGUUCAUUUGCCAUUUAUUUUUCCCUGUAGGAGUGGAUCAUGAAGGAAAUAAAAAUUUCUCUUUUAUUAUGCUGAGAACUUUCCCAACAAUUUCUGCUAUGACCACCUUCCAGGAGUUUUCUAGUCACCAGGAUGCCUUGGUAAAGUUCAAUACGUAAUCUUUGGCUCUGAAAGCUGUUCCUGGACAAAAUCUGAGCUAACUCACUGAAGAAUCAACAGAUUGAGGCAACCAUCCGGUCAGUUACUUUUUCCUGCAUCCUGCUGGUGUUGGGGUAACUCCCAAUCCUAGAUGAAAACCUUAGACUUUCUGUUGUCAGGUGUCCCCAGGCAAUAUCGUAGAGGGGCAUGAUAGAAAAAGGUAACUCUGGGGUCAGAGAGAUCUACUUACUCACUGUGUGAAGUUGGGAAAGCUGCUUAAUUUCUCUGAGCCUACUUCCUCACCUGUAAAAAUGGGGAUCUUUAUUACCUACCUCACAGGGUUGUUGUGAGGAUUAAGAGAUGGGAUGUGGAAGCACCUAGCCAUAUCUGGCAAAUAGGUACUCAAUAAAUAUUGGUUUUACUUCC